AUGAUCCCCACGCCGCGGCGGCCCGGGUCCCCUUUGUACCUUGCCUGUCUGCCUUCCCUUCCUGCCCUUCCCGGCCCCACUCUAGCCGCGCCGCUCCCCGGCCCCGCCGCCGGCUGCCUCGCCCCCCUGUGCCGCUCCCCGAUCCGGACCAUCCCCACCGGCGGCGGCUCGGGGCUCCCCCGUCGCUGCCCUCAACACCGGAGCUGCGGGCAUCCCCCGGCACACUGCACCGGCCGCGGGGAGGGGCCGGCGGCGGAGCUGCGGUGCCCGGUGCUUGCUCCUUUGUUCGCCGGCGGUGGCCGCGGCGGGUCGGAGCUGCCCCAGGCGGGCGGGCGGCGAGCUCGGCGGGGUCGGCCGGGAGGGGAGCGGCUCUGGCGGGGAGGAACGCGACCCCCGGCACCAUCCCUGGGGGCUUCAAGGGUCGUGGAGGCCGCGGCGGGGAGGUCUCGCCAUCCACCACGAUGUGGAGCGCGGCCGAGCCCCGGGUGCCCGCAGGGCGGGGGUCGAGGAGGCGGCAGUGGGAGGCGUGACCGCAGCGAGGCUGGGGUGCCCGGGGUGCCUGGAGUGCCCCAGUCCUCCCGCGGCCCCGAGCCGGGGGGAUGCCUCUCUGUCCUCCCGGCGCCGAGUUUAUCUGAGCCCGAUGGGUGCGCAGGAGGAGACCCCGCCGACUGCCACUGCCCCCCCAGCCGGGGACCUGUCGCACCUCCGCCGUCCGGAGGGAGACUUUCCUCUAGGUUUAGAUCUGGGAUUUUCCCACCGGCAGCUGGAAGCGAUGUCGUGGACGUUCAAAAUGCACUUGUAAUUCAAAACAAUUUAAAUAUAGCUUUUGCGGUCAAAAUAGUGGCGGCACCUGACUUGCUGGAUCCCAAAUCGGCCACUCAGAAUUCCAAACCAAGAUUAUCAUUUUCCACCAAGCCUACUGUGCUCUCUUCAAGGGAGGAAAGUGAUUCAGCUAUUAAUGUUAUGAAAUGGAAGACCGUCUCAACAAUUUUUCUGGUGGUAGUCGUGUAUUUAAUAAUUGGAGCAACAGUAUUUAAAGCCCUGGAGCAGCCUCAUGAAACCUCCCAGAGAACCACCAUUGUGAUUCAGAAGCAGACGUUUGUAUCUCAGCAUUCUUGUGUGAAUGCAACAGAGCUUGAUGAACUGAUUCAGCAAGUAGUGGCAGCAAUAAAUGCAGGAAUCAUACCUUUAGGAAACACAUCUACUCAGAUCAGUCACUGGGACUUGGGAAGUUCCUUCUUCUUUGCUGGCACUGUUAUUACCACCAUAGGCUUUGGAAACAUCUCCCCACGCACUCAAGGUGGAAAGAUAUUCUGUAUCAUUUAUGCCUUAUUGGGAAUUCCACUGUUUGGUUUUCUGUUGGCUGGUGUUGGAGAUCAACUAGGGACAAUCUUUGGAAAAGGAAUUGCCAAAGUAGAAGAUACCUUUGUUAAAUGGAAUGUGAGUCAGACAAAGAUUCGCAUAAUUUCAACAAUAAUAUUCAUACUCUUUGGCUGCGUGCUGUUUGUUGCUCUUCCUGCAGUUAUAUUCAAGCACAUAGAAGGCUGGAGCACACUAGAUGCAAUUUACUUUGUGGUUAUCACUUUGACUACCAUUGGAUUUGGUGACUAUGUUGCAGGAGGCUCAGAUAUUGAGUACCUAGAUUUUUACAAGCCAGUUGUGUGGUUCUGGAUUCUUGUUGGGCUUGCUUACUUCGCAGCUGUCCUCAGUAUGAUUGGAGACUGGCUAAGAGUCAUAUCAAAAAAGACAAAGGAAGAGGUAGGGGAAUUCAGAGCCCAUGCUGCAGAGUGGACAGCCAAUGUCACUGCAGAGUUCAAAGAAACCAGAAGGCGUCUGAGCGUGGAGAUCUAUGACAAGUUCCAGCGGGCUACCUCCAUCAAAAGGAAGCUCUCUGCAGAACUUGCUGUCAACCACAAUCAAGAUCUGACCCCCUGCAAGAGGACCCUGUCAGUCAACCAUCUCACCAGUGAGAAGGACAUCUUGCCAGCUCUAACAAAGACGGAUAGCAUUUACAUGAAUGGUUUGACACCACACUGUGCAGCAGAAGAGAUAGCUGUUAUUGAAAACAUUAAGUAGCCAUGA